GCGUGAGAAUAGCCACUCACUGCAGCUGGCGUAACCGAAAGUGGUAAACCGGUAAAGCGACACCCGGCACCCACCCGGGGAUGCGAAAAGACGGUGCAGUAAGCGAGCGGACAAACCCCACCUCCCGACUCGGGACCAACCACGUGUCCAUCCAUCCUCAUUCCACCACCACCCUCUUCCCCUCUCUCUCCCCCCUCCUGGGGAGAGCAACCACGCCGCUACCAGUCCCACCACCCCUGGGUACAAAGUGACGCGUCCAACGAGACCCUGACUUUGACCAGACAAUCUGGUUCGUCCAAAGAGUGGGGACCACCGCCAUAAGCGGAUCCGAUUAGCUCUCGGGGCCAGUUCCCCUUCUAUUACAGAAAAGCCCUCUUAUUCUCUUCUAUUCGACCUUGCCCUCUUCUAGAGGUUGUAGUACUCUCGACAGUCGACACGUCGCCGUUGGCAUCGCAAUAACAUCGGCCGCCCCUGUUGUUUAAAAACAGCGUAAUGGAGCUCUCUGCAAAUAUUGACGUUGAGGGGGGCUUGUGCGUAAAACUCAAUACGCUUUUUUUUUUUUUCGUGUUAUCGCCGAGUCCCAGAGAGAGAGAGAGAGAGAGAGAGAGAGAGAGAGUGUGUGUGGGGAAAGAAACAAAAGAAAAGCGCUCUCACACUCGCUCUGCGCACUGCGCUCAAAGCCUACCGACCCACUAAGACUUCGAACGAAGCCCUAGAUCUCUCCCCCGCGCCCUCUUCCCCUCUCGCCCCUAAAACCCUAACCUUAGAGCUUUCCUCUCCCCUCCGCUCCGUUCAAGGGUCCUGUCUCCGUCGCCUACGAUCUCCGCCAACAACGGCUCACACGGCGCUCGCCGGCUCCCGCAGUCGUAGAUCGGAGCCUCCCACUCGCCCCGCACUUUGGAUCUGAGGUUUUCCAUGGCGCCGUUCUCCUUCCUCGCCAUGGUCGUGGCGCUGAGCGCGCUCCCGUGGUGCUCGCGUUCGCUCACCUUCUCCUCAAGAUUGGUACACCGGUUCUCAGACGAGGCACGCGCCGCGGCGGCGUCGUCUCCGGGAGGAGGGAGGUGGCCGAUCCGGAGGAGCGCGGAGUACUUCGAGGUCUUGGCGAGGAGCGACCUCGCGCGGCAGAAGCGGCGCCUCGGGGGCCGAUACCAGAUGCUGUACCCUUCGGAGGGGAGUCAAACCUUUUCGCUUGGGAACGACUUCGGAUGGUUACACUACACAUGGAUUGAUAUUGGGACACCCAAUGUGUCCUUUCUUGUUGCAUUGGAUGCUGGAAGUGACCUGCUUUGGGUCCCCUGUGAUUGCAUUCAGUGUGCUCCUUUGUCUGGCUAUCAUAGUAGUUUGGAUAAAGAUCUCCGCAUGUACAGCCCAGCUGAAUCAAGAACUAGCAGACAUCUUCCAUGCAGCCACAAACUGUGUCAACUAGGCCCAAGCUGUAAAAGCCCAAAGCAACCUUGCCCGUAUAAUAUAAACUACUAUUCAGAAAAUACAUCGAGUUCAGGGUUGCUAGUCGAGGAUACACUAUACUUGGCUUCCAGUGAUGGCCGAACAUCAGUACAAGCUUCAGUUAUCAUAGGCUGCGGAAGGAGGCAAAGUGGUGAUUAUUUGGAUGGAGUUGCUCCAGACGGGCUUCUUGGUUUGGGAUUUGGGGAUAUAUCGGUUCCAAGCUUCCUUGCAUGGGCUGGAUUGGUACGGGAUUCUUUUUCAAUGUGCUUUCAGGAGGAUGAUUCUGGAAGAAUCUUCUUUGGGGACCAAGGUGUCUCUACACAACAAUCUACUCCUUUUGUUCCUGCGAAUGGAAAAUACAUUACUUAUAUCGUUGAGGUGGAGAGAUUUUGUAUCGGUGCUAAGUGUGUUGGAGAGACAAGCAUGCAAGCACUUGUUGAUAGUGGGUCGUCAUUCACAUAUCUUCCAAAUGAUGCCUACAAGAGAGUCACCCUGGAGUUUGACAGGCAAGUUAACUAUUCGAGGUAUGCCUUUCUUGGAUAUCCGUGGGAGUACUGCUACAAAGCCAGUCCUCUUGAAUUGCCCGAUAUACCAACUGUGGCGCUUAUGUUUGCUGUGAACAAGAGCUUCGUGGUUACCAAUCCCCUUUUUCUUAUCAAUGGCAAAGAGGGGGAGCUUACUGGAUUUUGCUUAGCUGUAAAUUCAUCAGAAGAAAAUCUGGCAACUAUUGGGCAGAAUUUUAUGACGGGACAUCAUAUGGUCUUUGAUAGAGAAAAUUCGAAGCUGGGAUGGUCACGAUCCGAUUGUCGUGAUAUUGACACUAGCAUCCCUGUAACAACCCCACCCCAUAACCGACCCGAAAACCCUUUGCCGACAAAUGAGCAGCAGAGCAACCCCAACGGACAUGCUGUUGCCCCUGCGGUAGCAGGGAAGGCGCCCAACACUAUGGACUCGUCAGCAGCUUCGCCUUCAAAGGUGGUUUCCCAUUUCUGUUUGUUUCUGCUACUGACUCAAUUUGCCGUCAUUUUUGUCGGAUAAAUUGUCUAAGUUAAAUAGUUCCCCUAUAUAAAUAGUGCUGUAAAUCCCAGGUUUUUCUUUAAGAGGGCUUUUUUUUUGUUUUUCUCUUCAUCCAGUGGGCUCCUUUUGUCAUUAUUGGAUGUAAUCUGGCAGGUGUCUACUAAUCUUUUUUUUUUUUCUUUUUUCUUUUUUUUUUUUACUUUUGAUCUUCUUUCUAGCCCUGUCACAUCUACUAAGAGAGUUCCGUACCAGUCUCUUUUAUUGUGGUGAAGAUAUAUGCUUAUAGUUUAUUAAACUUUCAAAUCAUGAUGGAUAACAACAUGUUCUCUUUCUGAAGUUCAAAUUUAAGUUGGAGACGAGCA